UGCCUCCGCUGGGGACUAUGGAGGGGAGAUUUCCUGGCUGCCCAACAGGUCUCUCCCUGGGCUUCCUUCUGCUUUGGGCUUCCCUUCCUCGUGGGAUACCCGGCAAAGAAGUGAACCUCCUCGACACAAGUACUGCUCAGAAUGAGCUGGGCUGGUUGCCAGAUCCUCCGGAUACUGGGUGGAGCGAGGUCCAGCAGAUGCUAAACGGCACUCCAGUAUACAUGUACCAGGACUGCAGUGUCCUUUCAGAGGGCGACCCAGACCACUGGCUCCGCACCAACUGGAUCUUCCGGGGCGAGACCUCCUCUCGCGUCUACGUGGAGCUGAAAUUCACCAUCCGGGACUGUAAGAGCUUCAGAGGGGAGGUGGUGAGCUGCAAGGAGACCUUCAACCUCUACUACAUGGAAUCAGACCAAGAUGUUGGCAUCCAGUUCCGCCGCCCGCCCUUCAUCAAGGUCAAUACUGUCGCAGGAGACCGCAGUUUCACAAGCCGGGACAUUGAACAGGGCACCCUGCAACUGAACACGGAGGUGUCCACUAUCAGGAACCUGCGUCAGCGUGGAUUCUACCUGGCCUUCCAGAACUCUGGGGCUUGCGUCGCGUUGGUCUCGGUGAGAGUGUACUACAAGACCUGCUCAGAAACGAUGCGCAGUCUGGCUAACUUCACCGAGACGCUGGCGAGCUCCGAGGGGUUGGUGGAGGUGCCUGGCGUCUGCCUCAAAAACGCUGCUGAGGAAGUGGGGUUGGCCCCCAGGAUGCAUUGCAGUCCCGACGGGGAGUGGUUGGUUCCGAUGGGUCGCUGCCUGUGCAUCCCUGGCUUUGAAGAGGCGGGAGGAAGAUGCGUCACUUGCCAGCCGGGGUUCUUCCGGCACUCACCGGAGAUGGACCAGUGCCUCAAAUGCCCUCCAAACAGCUCCUCCAGUUCUCCUGGGGCCACAUCCUGCCGUUGCCUCAGAGACUUCUUUCGGGCAACCCAUGAGGACCAAACUGUUGCUUGCACACGCCCCCCUUCUGCUCCCCGCAAUCUCAGCUUCUCUCUUUUGGGGAGCCAGCUUUCCCUCACGUGGAAGCCCCCCGUCGACCAAGGCGGCCGCAAGGAUCUCUCCUACAGCGUCACUUGCGAGAACUGCAGACUUCUCUUGUGCGAACCUUGCGAGAGCGGCUUGGCAUUUUCCCCCGGCACGUCAGGCCUGACCAGUCCGUCCGUGGUGGUGGACGGCCUGGAGGCUUACAGCAAUUACAGCUUCACGGUGCAAGCUCAUAAUGGGGUGUCGGCGCUCAGCCCCACCUCGCACAGCAGUGCCAGGUCUGCCAUCCAGGUCUCAGUGGGGCACGCAGCUCCCAUCACGGUGUCCUACCUCAACAUGGUGAAGCAGAACGACACCAGCCUCUCAGUCACGUGGCAGGCACCACACAUCCGCAGCCAGAACGCCGUGAGCUUUGAGGUCAUGUACUUUGAGAAGGGAGAAGAGAAACUCUACACUGUCCACCACCUCCAGGAACCCAAAGUGACCUUGGUGAACCUGCAGCCUGACACAGCCUACAUUUUACGUGUGCGCUCCGUCACCCCCUUGGGAAAUGGACCCUUUUCACAGGAACAGGAAUUCCGCACCCUGCCACAAGACACCGGGGUGCCUUCUGGAGGAGUGAUUGUCUCCAUUAUCUUUGGAAUCCUGCUGUUUGUCGGUCUGGUUGCAGGGUUCAUCGUCUGCCGGCGAAGGCGCACUUAUCAUCACCGUGCACGGCCAAGUCACGAGCACUCUGGCUACGACAGAGAUGAGAUCUGGUUGAAACCUUAUGUAGAUCUUCAGCCCUACGAGGAUCCCAGCCGGGGAGUCUUAGAAUUCACAAAGGAGUUGGACCCAUCUCUUGUCAACAUUGAGACCAUUAUCGGCGAAGGUGAGUUCGGGGAAGUCUAUCGGGGGACUCUGCGCUUAGCAGGGAAGGAACGUGUCAUCGUGGCCAUCAAGACCCUGAAGUCGAGUUACUCGGACUCGACAUGGUGGAACUUCCUGCGCGAGGCGACCAUCAUGGGCCAGUUUAAUCACCUCAACAUCGUGCGGUUGGAGGGAGUCGUCACAAAACGGAACCCCAUGAUGAUUAUCACUGAGUACAUGGAGAACGGAGCUCUCGACACUUUCUUACGGGAGAACAUGGACAAGUUCAGCGCAGUGCAAUUAGUCACCAUGCUACAGGGCAUCGCCGCGGGGAUGACCUACUUGUCAGAUCGCAACUACGUCCACCGAGACCUGGCAGCCCGUAACAUUCUGAUAUCUCAUAACCUUCAGUGCAAAGUAUCCGAUUUUGGCCUUUCCCGAAUCUUGGAAAAUGACGUGGAAGGCACAUACGAAACAAAGGGCGGCAAGAUCCCCAUUCGGUGGACAGCCCCGGAGGCCAUAGCUCAUCGCAUCUUCACCUCGGCCAGUGAUGUGUGGAGUUUUGGUAUCGUCACAUGGGAGGUGUUUUCGUAUGGCGACAAACCGUAUGGGGACAUGAGUAAUCAGGAGGUGAUGAAGAGCAUAGAGGAUGGGUACCGACUGCCCCCGCCCGUGGACUGCCCUUCCAUCGUUUACGAGCUCAUGAAACUGUGCUGGUCGUACAAUCGGACGCGGCGGCCCCGUUUCCGGGAGAUCCAUGCUCAGCUGGAGCACUUCACCUCCAGCCCCCAUUUGCUUCGGGCUGUGGCAGACUUUGACCCUAGGGUGACACUCCGGCUGCCCAGCUGUAGCGGCUCUGACGGAAUCCCCUACCGGUCCAUCCCCGAGUGGCUGGAAUCCAUCCGCAUGAAACGGUACAUCAUCAACUUCCGCACAGCCGGCCUGAACACCAUGGAAUCCAUCCUGGAGCUCACUGCCGAGGACUUGAAGCAGAUGGGUGUGUCCCUUCCUGGCCACCAGAAGAGAAUCCUGUGCAGCAUCCAGGGCUUCAAGGAUUAAGGGGUCCCUUGGCACGAAGCAGUCACUGGGCACAUGCCCACUGCCCUGGCUUUGGAGUUCUGCCCGGGAAGAGGAGAAGAGGGGAUGGGGCAAGCCCAGCCGACCUUGAACCAAACUCUCCCUCAACCCGUGAGGACCGGCCUCAGGCUCCUGGACCGAGCAGCAGACACUUUGGCCUCUGUGGCAUUGCAGUGGUCCCUCCAAAGGAGAAAGGGGGGGCUUCAGCUGACCCAGGAAGGACCCUCCCCGCCACUGAACACUCAGGGCCCCCCUGUGCCUCUCUGGCCAGAAAGCAGCAUCACUCCAGAACACUGUUUUGCCUUCGUUUCCUGCCUUUCCUCUUCUCUGCCCCCCCCCCAGCCGCACUUCAUUUCCACGUUUUCCGAAAUCUGCAGCAGCACCAACUCAUUUCAUGUCGAGCAUCGAAAGCAAUGGUUGCGAAGAAGCUGAAGCCACCCUGCCUGGAAAGACACUUAAGGUGCCUUCUUUGAGCAGGAGUGGGAACAUAAGAGAGCCCAUUUUGGAUCAGGCCAAUGGCCCAUCCAGUCCAACACUCUGUGUCACACAGUGGGCAAAAAAACCAGGCGCCAUCAAGAGGUCCAUCAGUGGGGCCAGGACACUAGAAGCCCUCCCACUGUUGCCCCUCCCAAGCACCAAGAAAACAGAGCAUCACUGCCCCAGACUUACAGACAUAAGAGAAGCCAUGUUGGAUCAGGCCAAAGGACCAUCCAGUCCAACACUCUGUGUCACACAGUGGCCAAAAAACCCAGGCGCCAUCAAGAGGUCCAUCAGUGGGGCCAGGACACUAGAAUCCCUCCCACUGUUGCCCCUCCCAAGCACCAAGAAUACAGAGCAUCACUGCCCCAGACAUACAGACAUUAAGAAAAGCCAUGUUGGAUCAAGCCAAUGGCCCAUCCAGCCCAUCCAGUGGCCCAAAAAACCCAGACGCCAUCAGGAGAUCCAUCAGUGAGGCCAGGACCAUCCAGUGGUAUUUGUGGGGCUCGGAGGGGAGGAGGAAGGAAGGGAACACCCCUCAGCACUGACUGUAAGAGAUGGGGGGCGGGGAGAGGAGGGCUGCCUCCGUGGCUCAGGCGCCUUGGCCUAUCAAAGCAAAAUCCUUCACUCGCACCAACAGGCCUUGCUUGCUGUAGGCUCCUCUAAUCCAGAAUCUAACCCUGCAAGGGGAGGCAACCAUGUUUACAGCAGGGCAGCACUUGCUCCUGGGAGCUUUGUUUCCUCAAGUUGAGGACCUUGCCUAAAGUAUUUAAUAUGUCAGGGAAGAGGAGAAUCCUAGGCUUGGAAGAUAUCUCGUGUUGUAUAUAGUGUUUUGUAAAUAAACGCAACAUGUAUAUGUAU